AUGUCUGGAAUGGUCAACGUCAACUCGGAGGUUACCGACUCCUUCUAUCGGUACAAGAUGCCCCGAAUCCUAGCACAGGUGGAGGGAAAAGGAAAUGGAAUCAAAACUGUUACUGUCAAUAUGGUGGACAUUGCGAAGGCGCUCAGCCGACCACCAGCUUUUAAGUAUAAUGGCACAAACAAUGGAAUCAGGCUAGAAACAGUCAUCUCCGAUCUGGAUUAUGCAGAUGACAUCUGCUUACUAGAGGACAACGCCGAUGAUGCCCAAUCCCUACUAAAUAGAGUAGUCGCCGCCGCAAAAGAAGUCGGCCUCAUUGUCAAUGCCAGCAAGACCAAGUGCAUGGUUACCCGAACUGACCAAGCAGUGCUGUACCUCGACUGCAACCCGCUCGAAAACGUCAUUGAGUUCGUCUACCUCGGAAAUCGGAAAUCGUCCAACGGCAACAUAGCAACAAAAGUACAAAACAAGAUCGCACGCACCACUGCCAACAGCUCUAGAUUAGCAAAAUUCUGGAAGAACAAAGGAACAAGGGAGGGAGAGGCCGAAGAUCAACAAACGCGAUGA